UAGGAAUAAAUGAGAUUUGUGGAUGUGGAUAAAGAAAUGGUUAUGAUACUAUAAUUUACGUUUUAUUGAAUUGAGUAUCUUUUUCCAGUUUUUGCGUUUAUUCUGCAGAAGCAAAUUAAGUCAAAAGGGGAUGCUAUAUUAUGUUUUUAAAUAAAAAGCCUAAUGGAUAUAAAAAAACAAAGUGCACAACUAGGGCAUAUCAUUUUAUGUAAAGUAGUGGAGAAUUAUGGGACAAAAAAUAAAUCCGCUUGGUUUCCGACUUGGUACAACUCAAAGUCAUGAUUCUCUUUGGUUUGCACAACCAAUCAAUUAUUCAGAGAAUCUACAAGAAGAUAAAAAAAUACGAGAUUAUAUCAAGAAUUAUAUAAAAAUAAAUAUAAGAAUAUCUUCUGGUGUCGAGGGAAUAGCAGGGAUAAAGAUUAAAAAAAGAAUUGAUUUGAUUCAAGUCAUAAUCUCUAUGGGAUUUCCAAAGUUAUUAAUUGAGGGUAAGCCUGGAAGAAUAGAAGAGUUACAGAUGAAUUUACAAAAAAAACUCAAUUGUGUGAACCGAAAACUGAACAUUGCUAUUACAAGAAUUGCAAACCCUUAUGGACAUCCUAAUAUUCUUGCAGAAUUUAUAGCCGGGCAAUUAAGGAAUAGAGUUUCGUUUCGUAAAGCAAUGAAAAAAGCUAUUGAAUUAACUCAACAGGCGGGGACAAAAGGAAUUCAAGUACAAAUUGCGGGACGUAUCGACGGAAAAGAAAUUGCACGUGUCGAAUGGAUCAGAGAGGGUAGAGUUCCUCUACAAACCAUUCGAGCUAAAAUUGAUUAUUGUUCCUAUACAGUUCGAACUAUUUAUGGCGUAUUAGGGAUCAAAGUUUGGAUAUUUGUAAACAAAGAAUAAUCCAAUUCUCCUUUUCUUU